AAACGAGUCAUGUUAAAUUAUACAACUUUCUCCACUGAGCAGGAGUAGACUCAUUCUCACCAGAAUUUUCUGGACAGAGACUAUGAAGAUCCUUUUUUGAGAAAUCCUCUGUGUGACUCUGCUGCUGAGAGGAGCUUUUCCAUGUGAUGGCUCACUUUUACGCAACAGGUUCUGCGAUAUAAAUUUUUACAACAGUAUUCGAUCAAUGUAGGAAGAAGGAGAAGCAUGCUGUCUCCGUUUUGGCCCCUGGGCAUCGAGCAGGAGAUCAACUCAUGGGAUGUAGUGGAGGCAGAGUCAGGUUCAACUUUGGGAAGGCGCUGUCCAAAGCCUCGGUGUUCUUCACCAUGGUCCUGAUCUUCACCUACUUCUUCUACUGCCUCGCCGGAUUGUGCGACUCGGCUCCGAGGACCCUGUACAGCCAGCGGGGGGUAGACAGGGACUAUGACGCUCUGGACGAUCAUCGCCGCGUACUGGACGACCUACGACCAGCGCGGAACCGCACUGACUCCGCGGAGGCACCGAGGAUGGACGCCCCAGCGGGACGCUUGCUUCCUCCGCGCGCACCGGACAGCGCUAAUGCGAGCGCGCGGAGCGGCGGCAUCCCCGUGUCCAACACCUUCGGGACCAAAAGGUUUCCACAGGCGCUUAUAAUCGGUGUGAAGAAAGGAGGGACCCGGGCACUGCUGGAGUUUCUCCGCAUCCACCCGGACGUGAGAGCGGUCGGUACUGAGCCACACUUCUUCGACAGGUUUUAUGAUAAAGGUCUGGAGUGGUACAGGAACCUGAUGCCUCGGACACUGGACGGGCAGAUCACCAUGGAGAAAACCCCCAGCUACUUUGUCACAAAGGAGGCUCCUGGGCGUGUCUGCACCAUGAACUGCCAAACCAAGCUCAUUGUGGUGGUCAGGGAUCCUGUGACCCGGGCGGUGUCUGACUACACCCAGACACUGUCCAAGAACCCGGGCCUCCCAUCCUUCCAGAGCCUGGCCUUGAAAAACUCCUCCACAGGUCUGAUUGACACCACGUGGAGCGCCGUGCGCAUCGGCCUCUACGCCAAGCAUCUGGAGAACUGGCUGCAGCACUUCCCCCUGUCUCACUUUCUGUUUGUCAGUGGUGAGCGGUUGGUGAGCGACCCGGCUGGGGAGAUGGGCCGGGUGCAAGACUUCCUGGGUCUGAAGAGGGUUGUUUCAGACAAACACUUCUACUUCAACCAGACCAAAGGUUUCCCCUGCUUGAAGAAGCCUGAGGGGAGCAGCAGACCUCGCUGCCUUGGGAAGUCAAAGGGCAGACCCCAUCCCCAGAUCCCCACCGAGGUCCUACAGAGACUGAGAGACUUCUACAGGCCCUUCAACAACCACUUCUACCAGAUAAGCGGACAAGACUUUGGGUGGGACUAACACAAGAGGACGCAUUAUAGACAGCCUCUUACUUUUUGGAGGGACUGUUCAGGGCUAAAGUUCUCAGGUACGAUGUAGAGGAAUACAACGCCCACAAACUGGGACUCUUCUUGGCCCAUUCUGCCUCAGUGGAACCAACAUGACGUGCAGCGCUCACAGAAUGUCCCUGUGUUGUCGUAGAGUCGAAGAUGACGUGUGCACAGUGCUGCCAAUAUGCAAGUUACACACACAGUUAAUGGCUUAGUUAUUCAACCAUUUCUCUUGGUUGUAUUGUAAUGUACAAAAGUUAAAAAGAAAAUAGGUACCAAAAGAAAAGUAAAACUUUGCCUGGGAAAUCCUUUUUUACUUGCUUUAUGUUUUGUUUAUUAAAUAAGAUGAUAUUUAUAGUUUCUGUUGAUUUGAAAUGCAACAGUUACAGUUUUUUAAAUGACAGAAAUGUAUUUAUUACCAGACAAGGCAAGACAGAAUAUGUGUUCAUUGACAGGACAUUGGAAAGAGAAAUGUCACACUUAACAAUAAACCACUAUUUCUUAUUACUGCAUUUAUAUUUUCGUUAUACUUACUGUUGGCCUAAGCUACAUAUCUUAAUGUUGAUGAUAUUCCUCUGUAUUUUGCAGAUAUAACAGUGAUACCUCAUCUGUAAACAAAAACAAUAACAACUAUAAUCAGAGAACAAAACAUACACAGAUUCCAUGAUGUAGGUUUUUGUAGUUUGUUUCCACUUCCUCAGCUGCCUUGGACAUCAAUCUGUUUAUCACUUACAAUAAAUUGUUCUAUUUCUAUCUGUUAUUAUUUUGAAGCUUUUUUGAUAUGUAAAGUAUGCAAAUCACAUUGGGGUGUAUAAAACCGUCAU